UAAUUAACUAGAAUUAUACGGGACGUAUCGCAGCUUCCAGCUCUGAUAACAUGCCAUUUUUCCAUCGUAAUCUCAGACCGAAUUUCAUUGAGCUGAACUUUCAACGUCCACCGAAUAAAAUCCAGCAAAAUUAGGUGCCAGAAGUGAGAAUCGAAACUUUUCCUAAACGGAAGAAUGCACCCGAAAUUGUCGGUGUUUGGUCUGCCGUUGCUUCCUAACACCAUCCACCCAUUGGUCACCUUCAUCUUUAUCAACCUUGCCAUUGCAUCCACCGGAGAACGAAUCAGAACUACUACUCUACCGUCUGCUUCCGUGCCGUCGGCAGACACUUCCAAACGAGCCUCGGCCCACAUUCCGGGAGAUUUCGUCAUCGGCGUGCUGUUCUCGAUGCAUCACCAGCCCCGGCAGAAGCGAACCGGCCCAAACCAUUUCCUGUCCUGCGGUGAGGUCCGGGAACACUACGGCAUACAACGGGCGGAAGUCACGUUCAAGACGAUUGACGAAAUCAACCAGAACCCAAAUCUGCUUCCCAACAUCACCCUCGGCGUGGAAAUCAGAGAUUCCUGUUGGUACGCACCUGUUGCUUUACAGCAGAGUAUCGAGCUGAUUCGGGACUCCAUAUCACCCCCAUCCGGCAGUAGCAACAUAGCUUCCCCUAGAAAAUUUCAUCUGGAAAACGGUUCCACGGCUGGCAUGUCCAGCUUUGUCAAACCGGACACAUGUGUGGCACUGCAUCAGAACGUAUCUUUCGAGUUCAACAACGGUCCCACCAAGCCACCGAGCAAGUUUCGCCAUACGUUGAUAGGAGUUAUCGGGCCCGGGUCCAGCUCUGUGGCACUUCAGGUGCAAAAUUUGCUGCAGCUGUUUUCGAUUCCGCAAAUCGGUUACUCAACCACUUCGAAAGAUCUCUCCGAUAAGGCACGCUACAGCACCUUCAUGCGAGUGGUCCCUUCGGACUACUACCAGGCCCAGGUGAUGGUCGAUGUGGUGCGGCAGUUCAACUGGACCUAUGUGUCUGCCAUCAAUACUGACGAAAACUACGGUCAAUCUGGAAUUCAAGCAUUUCGGGAACUGGCGGAGAGAUACGGAGUUUGCAUUGCCCGGGAGGAUUCGAUUCUGAGCAACGCCGAAGACGAAUCGUUCCUGGACGUCCUGCGGAACAUCGUCCAGGAUGCCAGUGCCAAAGUGGUGGUAUGCUUCUGCGAAGGGAUGACCGUUCGCGGCUUGCUUAAAGCGAUGAAAAACCUCAACAUGACCGACCGCUUCCUGCUGAUUGGAAGCGAUGGCUGGGCGGAUAGGGCAGAUGUCGUGGAAAAUUACGAGCGCCAAGCGUUGGGUUCGAUUUCGAUUCGAAUCCACAGCCCCUACGUGAAAUCGUUCGACGAUUACUACUUUGGGCUGAGUCCAUUCACCAACAAGCGCAACCCGUGGUUCCGGGAAUUUUGGGAGGUCCGAUUCAACUGUACUCUUCCGACCAACGAUGCAAACCCUCUAGAGACAAAUCAUUCCGACGAAGGGAAACCUUUUUGUACCGGAAAGGAAAAGCUAUCGGACCGGUACAAGCAGGAGCCCAAGAUGAGCUUCGUUAUCAAAGCGAUCUACACGAUGGCCCGGGCACUGGAGGCACUGCAGCGCGAUUUGUGCGGACAGAACAGCAGCGGCAUCUGUGCGGCCAUGUACCCCUUCAAUGGAACGCAAUUUUUCAACUACCUCAUGAAUGUUUCCUUCUCGCACGAAGGCGACAUUGUGGAGUUUGACAAUAGGGGCGAUCCGCCCGGAAGGUACGACGUCAUGAACUUCCAGUUCAUCAACGGGAGCUACGACUACGUCCCAGUCGGAGAAUGGAACAACGGAUCGCUAAUCUUCACCCAGAGCUUGCAGUCCUCACCAGCGGGACCGGUAGAAUCCGUUUGUUCCAGACCCUGUCCCCCCGGUUCGUACAAGAAUCUUCAAACUGGAGGGCAGGAGAAGCAAUGCUGCUGGGUCUGUGUACCUUGCGAACGACAUCAGAUUCUGUACAACGAAACUCACUGCCGAAAUUGUAAAGCCGGAUAUUGGCCAGAUCUGGCUAAAACGGAAUGUCUUCUGAUUCCGAUUGAGCACAUGCAGUGGGGAGACACCGAAGCAAUCGUGGCCAUAUCGUUUUCCGUUUUGGGUUUCCUCACGACCGGACUGGUUUUUGCGGUAUUCGUACGACACAACGAUACGCCCGUGGUCAAAUCUUCGACCCGUGAGCUAUGCUACUUGAUUCUGAUGGGGAUGAUCAUAUCACACAGCUCUAUCUUCGCAAUCCUAACCAAACCAUCGUCUGGUUCGUGCUUGAUGAGUCGAACGUUACCGGGAAUUUCGUUUGCGAUGAUCUAUGCUUCGCUCUUGGUGAAAACUAAUCGCAUUGCAAGGAUAUUGGCUGGCUCCAAGAAGCGUUUUCCUACCAAGAAACCUAAAUUUAUGUCGGCGGCUGCCCAAUUGGUCAUUACUGGCAUGUUGAUAUCAGUUGAGAUAGCCAUUGCUGUGUUCAUGUUGAUUAUAGAACCGCCAAGUACCGAACACCAGUACCCAACGAGGCAAAGAACUGUACUGGCUUGCAAUACAACUCGCAUGGGAAUCCUGGUACCGCUGGCCUUCAUCUUCUUACUCAUAAUACUUUGUACCUUGUACGCCUGGAAAACCCGAAACGUUCCGGAGAAUUUCAACGAAGCCAAGUUCAUCGGUUUCGCCAUGUAUACGACCUGCGUCAUCUGGGUAGCCUUCGUUCCCAUCUACUUCGGGUCAGAAUCCAAGAUCAUCACCAUGUGCAUCUGCAUUUCGCUCUCGGCCAUGGUCACUCUAGUCUUCCUAUUCUUCCCAAAACUGUACAUCAUCCUCAUUCGACCGGAGAAAAACAUCCGCGCACUCUUUACCACUUCCAAAAGUAUCCGAUGCCACAUCGGUUCGCGAGUAGCUUCGGCUAUUUCCCACAAAACCUCCUCUUCUUACUCCAGCGGUCCCGGGCCCCCGGAUGAUUUCGGCGACUAUAGCUUUGACGCACCGAAACCGAUCAUACGAUCGUCAUCCUGCCAAACUUCCUUAGAACUACUUAACAAACUUUUGGAAUUACAAUUCUUUGAACCCGACGGGUCGUCCCCCAAGUCUACCCCAACAACCCGUCAACGAACGCUGUCCUCCACCCUCAAACACGUUCGCUACAGCCUCUCCCCAAUGAAGGCCACUGCCAAGAAAACUCCGAACCCCGAUAAGCGCCUGCUAGUUCCUGAAGUUGAUCUUCUACAAAUGGCAAACAAUAACACCACACGUAGUAACAACAAUCUUCCCCAAAGUGACCGACGAACGGUCACCUUCGAUUACUCUCGUAAGGCCUCCAUCAGCGACCCUAGCGAUCAAUCGGAAAGCUCGUGCUACCACUGCGCCCAACUAGAAACAGUUCGCCACAAGUACGACCUUAUUGAUACCAGUGAUCGCACAGCAAUCACACCGCAACAACCCAAUGGAUCGGUUUAUAUGAUCCACCAAGGUUCCAACGGAACGACGACAACCCUGGGAAAGGCAUACGGUAAUGGCGGGAAGUACGCGAAGACAAUGAUCAGCGAAGAAAGUCUGUCGGAGUGCUCAAUCAGUACGCUGUCGGAGUCGUGCGACUGCAAGUACAAGAGUAUCACCAUCAAGCUGCCGAAACCGGGAGUGGCCCAACCUCAACAGCAAGUUAUGUACUUUUGAUGGACCAGACGGAUGAAUUUAUAGGGCAAGUUGAAUAAUUCGUUAUGAGGGAUUUAAACAAUUCAGCUCAAUUAGUGUCGGUUGAAAGCAUUUUGUUUGAGCACGAGAAGAACAUGUCAACGAUUCGGUUUAUCUCAUUUGAACCCCUGAUUGUACAUGAACAAAACUUUCCUUUCGGCUAGAUUGGAAUCAAGUAACCUUCUUUACUUAGAUAUACUUACGUUUCAUGCAUAUGAGCAAUACUCGCUGAAACCAGGCCGCAAUCAGCACAUAUCGUAAGAAUUCCAAUUUUAUGUCACUCAUCGCUAGCAUA